UAUAUAUAUAUCCGCUUAAGCAUUUACUUACAUCUAUACGUACACGAAUCUUCUCUUCUUGACGAAAAUGGAGAGGAACUACUGCGACUUGGAACUUCGUCUUCUUUCUUCGUCUUUUGAUUCUGAUUCCAUCAGCUCGACGAUGGAAGAAUCAAAGAGCUCAAUAAAGGAGGAAGAAUCCCAGAGAAUGACAAUUUUCUACAAUGGAAAGAUCAUUUGUAUCUCCGAUAUUACACAUCUUCAGGCUCAAGCCAUAAUAUCAUUAGCGAAUAGAGGAAUGGAAAAGAGAUCAUCAUCAAGAUCAAGCCCAUCUCCUCAUCAUCAUCAUGAUCAUCAUCAUGACCAUCAUCAUCAUCGUCAUCAUGGUCAUCAUCCGUUGAUGUCUCUCAAAGGAUAUAAUUCCGUUGGUCCGACGAAAAAAUCUCUCCAAAGGUUUCUCCAAAAACGAAGAGACAGAAUUCAAGCCACGUGCCCUUACAAUACAUAAAUAUCAUAUUGUAAAAAUGCGUAUAGAUGAUAGUCCGAAUUAUUUUUAUUUUUGAACCAUUUUUGUUUUUUUAUUUUUCUCUUUUGGAACGACUUUUUCUUGUAAAUUAAAGAGUUGGAAUUUUGAUAUUGAUUUGUUGGCACUUUUGGUUUCUAUUAUUUGGGCCUUUAUUGGGCUAUAAUCGUCGUUAUGUAUUGAAGCUUUGGGA